AUGGGUGAAAGAUCAGAAGAAGCAGAUAAGGGAGGAGGCGGGAAGAUGGGUUUCCGGGGCGGGUCAUGGAAAGGCUGGCUGGCGGCCGAAGUGUCGUUGGUUAUGCGCUGGCCCAGGCCGGCCGUGUGUGUGCUGGAGCGUACCGCCGAGGCUCUCGAAGCCGCCCACCCCAAUGAAGCACCUCUUUUGGUCUUCACCAUCUCGAAGUUGACAAUGGCUAUGAUGACUUUUCAGGGGCAAAAGAAGGGGAGACGGAAGGGGCACCAACGCUAUGAACCUCCCGCGUCCCGACCAGAGGCGACCUGA